ACCUCAUUACUGCUUUUCUUUGGGUGUUAGUACUGUACUACUAUAAAAAAGCGAGUAAGCUAGAGUAAAAGAGAGCACCAGCCGGAUGGUUCUUGCUGUCCUUUGCCUGCUGCAGACUUCCAGCUCAACCUUUGGAGAGAACACCUGUCCGUUGCUCCAGACUCCCGGUUCCCUCAUGUCUCUGCCGCCGCCCCCGUGAUACUACUCUUCACCUAUACAACUCGCAGUACCAGAAUCGAGCAGACAGCAAAGUGUUUCAUCUGUGUGUGUGAGUCAGUGAAUGAGUGUGACUGACUGACAACCAUAAAACGCGAUAAGAACAGAGAGUUCAUCGUCCUCCUCAGCGGUGAUCUGAAGAAAAGGGUUUUCUUGGCCUCUCGAUCCAUGGCUGCAAGUUGUUGAAGGAAGUGAAGGAGGGAGCAAGUACUGCGCAGUUGCACACGGGAGGAGGGUCUUUGCUGCAUUGGGAUGGGAAGAAGUAGUAGUCUACUGCUGCCAGGAUCUUCGUGAGAGAUUUGGAGGCCAUUCCGGUUCUGCUCAUUGUUGUCUGGUCAGUGGUACGUGUCUGUCAAGCAGCUCUGCCCCUUUACAUCCAAACCUCUGGAAUUUAUGCACCCGGGCCAUAAACCCACAAUCAAAAGCUUGAUUCUACUUCUGCUGGUACUGUCCUUGAUCACUGGAAAGGAGGAAAGAAUCAUUAAAGAUUAGAUCGAGCAGUACACGUUGUACAGAAUUUGGUCAACUUUUCGUUUUUGCCGUUGCUUCUGUUCUUGUUGAUGAUCAAGCAGUGAUACCAUACCACUGAAGAAAUCAAAUCCGAGCCAGCAAUGGCGGCCAUUGGAAGCCAUUUCCUGUUCAUCUUGUCGGCAUUGCUCCUUGCGUCGCUCCCGGUGACCACGCAGCUGCAGCCUUCCCAGAUAUGGUCUCUCCUGAAGGUCCAGCAGCUCCUGAACCGGCCCCCGAUGCUCCGCCACUGGCGCCGCAGCACCGACUUCUGCGGCGGCGGCGGCGGCACCGUGGCCACCUCCGCCGUGGCCGCCGUCGUGUGCUACGGCGACACGGUGACGCAGCUCCACAUCGCCGGCGGGGCCACAGGCGCCCCGCCGCUGCCCCGCAACUUCUCCAUGGCCGCCCUGGUCACCACGCUCUCCAGGCUCCCGGACCUCACGGUGCUCACCCUCUCCGGGGUCGGCCUCUGGGGCCCCAUCCCGAGAGCGCUCUCGCGGCUCGCCUCGCUGGAGAUCCUCAACAUGAGCAGCAACUACCUCUACGGCCCCAUCCCCCUCGCGCUCUCGCGGCUCGGGGCCCUGCAGACCCUAAUCCUCGACAACAACAUGAUCGGCGGCGAAUUGCCCGGCUGGAUCGGGGGCACCACGCUGCCGUCGCUGGCCUUGCUCAGCCUGCGGAAUAACUCGCUGUCGGGCCCCGUGCCGGAGGAGCUCGGGAGGAUGCCCUCGCUCCGGUCGCUCGCGCUCGCGUCCAACAACCUCUCCGGCGACCUGCCGGACCUGCGAGGGCUCGCCAGCCUCCGGGAGAUCGACGUCUCCGGGAACUCGCUCGGCCCGGCGUUCCCGCGGCUCGGGCGGAAGGUGGCGUCGGUCGUGCUUGGCCGGAACAGGUUCGCUGGCGGCCUCCCCGCCGCGGAGCUCGGCGAAUUCUACCUGCUCGAGUGGCUCGAUGUGUCGCGGAACCGCUUCGUGGGGCCGCUCCCGCCGGCGCUGCUGUCGCUGCCGUCCCUCCGGUACCUCAACGUCGCCGGGAACAGGUUCACCGGCGCGCUCUCCGGUGAUGUCCCCUGCGGCGACAACCUCCGGCUCCUCGACCUCUCUUUGAACCUGCUGACGGGGAGCGUCCCUGCCUGCUUGAGACCGGGAGGGAAGACGGAGACGGUGGUGAUCUCGUCGGAGAACUGUUUCGACGGGAGCGACGGCUCUCAGCAGCACCCGUCGUCGUUUUGUCAGAACCAAGCCUUGGCCGUGGGGAUAGGAGCUCCGCAAGACAAGGAGAGGAAGAGAGCUUCCCGGCAUGCAGGCUUCGUCGCUGGCAUUGUAAUUGCGGUUCUCGUCGCGGUUUCACUCGUCGGUGUCAUGGCCUUCUUCGCCGUCAGGAAGAUGGCCAUGGACGGUGCCAAGACGAGGCCUUCCGUGGCGUUGGUGGAAGAACAGCAUGCUUCUAGCGCCUACCCAUCCAAGUUGUUCGCCGAUGCACGUUACAUAUCGCAGACAGUGAAGCUAGGAGCUCUGGGAAUCCCAUCAUACAGAUCAUUUUCCUUGGUUGAACUCGAGGCAGCGACGAACAACUUUGCGAACUCCUGCCUGCUCGGGCAAGAUUCUUAUGGCGAGAUGUAUCUGGGAAAGCUAAGCAAUGGAGCCCCAGUGACAAUCAGGAGCCUGAAGGUAAAGAGGAACCAGAGUUCCCAAAGCUUCAACCGCCACAUCGAGACAAUAUCAAGGCUCAGGCAUCGGCACCUGGUCAGCGCUCUAGGGCACUGCUUUGAGUAUGAUCUCGAUGAUUCAACCGUAACCCAGUUGUACCUCGUGUUUGAGUACGUGCACAAUGGUAACUUGAGGAGCAGGAUUUCGCAAGGAACUGAAGGACGGAAGCUUACCUGGGGACAGAGAAUAUCGGCCGCUAUCGGUGUCGCCAAGGGCAUUCAGUUCUUGCAUGCAAGGAUUAUACCAGGUCUAUUUGGGAACAAUCUGAGGAUCAAUAACAUUCUUCUAGACCAGAAUCAUGUAGCAAAAAUCGGCAGCUACAAUAUACCCAUCCUAGGAGAAGCUGCAAAAAUAGAGGGAGUGGCUGGAAGCAAACACCAAGCUGAUAGUACAAUGCUCGGCGAUAAGAUCGACAUAUUUGAUUUUGGGGUGAUCCUGCUUGAGCUUGUAUCUGGAAAGCCAAUCACAUCCAUAUAUGAGGUGGAAAUAAUGAAAGAACUGCUGCUAUGGGCAAUGGCUGAAGAGGACCGAGCCAGGAGGAGGAGCUUUGUGGACCCCGCUAUGAGCAAGGGCUGUUCAGAAGAGUCAUUGAGGACUGUCAUGGAGAUCUGCCUGAGGUGCCUGGCCAAGGAGGCGGCGCACCGGCCCUCGGUCGAGGAUGUGCUUUGGAACCUCCAGUUCGCCACCCAGGUGCAGGAUGACUGGGAGGGGGAGAUCCGGAGCGGCGGCGAGGGGUCACCAGUGUCGUCGUCAUCCCGGGUCAACAGGUCGUCCAGAUUCAGCAGAUAAAGAUGGACUGCAGAUAAGGGGACGCUACUACGGUCCUUUUUUGUUUUCUGAGCUCAGAGUUUUUUUUUUCAAUUCCUGAAUUAAUAAUCUCAGGGGCAAAUUUUUGUCUCUUGGUUUUCUCAAUGCGUACAACAAUGAUGUGCACUUGUGUUGUGCAAGCCAAUAGCAAAUCUUGUUUGUACCAACAGCUUAAGAGCUGCGUGAUAUAAAAGCUACUGGUGCUA